AUGUCUGACCAAACGAAAGUUUACAAGCAUGCCGACUCCGACGGUCACUUCCGACGGAAAGACUCGUCCUUUCGAUCCCGGGUGUCUCGCGAUGCAUACGCCGAGUUUCCUGCCGAGAAGGAUCGCUACGUGCUGUACAUCAAUUACGGCUGCCCAUGGGCGCACCGAGCAAACCUGAUCUGGACAUUGAAGGGCUUGCAGAGUAUCAUUCAGAUGGUGAUUCUGGAUCCAGAGCUCGGCCCGGAUGGAUGGUUCUUCUCUGGCCGGUAUGGAUCAGCCGAAAAGGAUCCCUUGUACGGGUUUAAGUAUCUAAAGGAGCUUUAUUUGAAAGCUGAUCCUGAAUACAAUGGACGGUAUACCGUGCCGACACUUUGGGAUAAGAAAAGGGGAACGAUUGUCAACAACGAGAGCAGCGAGAUCAUCCGAAUGCUGUACACUGAGUUCGACGACUUUUUACCAGAAAAUCUACAAGAGGUGAACAAACCGGGGGGUGGAUUCUACCCAGAGCACCUGAAAAAUGAAAUUGAUGCGAUGAACGCGUGGGUGUAUCCACUGAUCAACAACGGCGUCUACAAGACGGGUUUUGCCACCUCGCAGGCUGCCUACGAGGAAAACAUAUACCCACUGCUUGAAGCACUUGAUCGCGUUGAAGAACACCUGAGCCAGCCGGGACACCAGCCAUUUCUAUUUGGUGAUCACAUAACCGAAGCAGAUGUACGACUGUACACGACCAUCGCGCGUUUCGACGUUGCUUACUAUCUGAUCUUCAAGUGUAAUCUGAAGAUGAUCAGACAUGAUUAUCCACGACUUGACCGCUGGUACCGCAGGCUGUACUAUGACGAGUCCGAGCUGACUCGAGGGGCCUUCAAACAGACGACUUUCUUUGACAUCUACAAAUUUGGGUAUGCCGUUGCCGUUGGAAACAAAACUGGCAACUCAGAGCUAGUGCUUCCUGUCGGUCCUGUUCCUGAUAUUCUCCCCCCAGAAAAGAAGGAGUAA